GUACAAAAAACAAAAAAGCCGAGCGUGCGUCGUUUUGCUUCGAAGCAAAUGUCAAAUAAUUCGAAACCUUAAUUAACGGCAGUUGCGUUUUUUUUUUGUCUUUAACAUAAAAUUUUCUAAACGGUAGAUUUCUUUACGAAAUUUUCUAACUAUCCGAAAAAUUAUCAUGACAAAUAGAUUAUGUUAAUUUUGGAAGCUUUCAUUGUUACUUCGUUAUCGCUAAAAAGAGUAGUUAUAAAUAAACACAGAGAAGACGUGUACUGAGAGCGAAUCUGUGGUCGACUGUAACAUUUCAAAAAUAAAAAAAUUCAAAGUGUGCCUAGAAAGCGACAAAAGGAGAUAUAGAAUUAGAUAAAGGAAGGAGCAAAAUACACACACUUUGCUAAAAUGGAUGUGCGAAAUUGGAAAAAAGUUCUACUACAUUGGGUAACAGAAUGCGGGUUUGCUGCUUGCAACUACUUUAGUUUGGAACAAACAGAUAUUGAAGAAUUCUAUUCAAACUUUCGUUUAAAUCAUACUUUACUACAAAGGUCUGAUUCAAUUAACAACGUAAUUGCUUUCUUAAGAGAACAAUAUGCAGAUUAUUCUCCCAUACUUGACGAUGAAAAAACAAUUAACUCAACAGAGUAUAUCUAUAUUUACUCGCUUUUCUUACAUUUUUCUUGUGUAAAGUAUCCAGAAACUAAUUUCCAUGACAUCUGUAAAAGAUUGUCAGUUAACAAUCAACGUAAUAUAGCAGCUUUUUUCAACGAGUUGCUGGAUUGUCAGUCUAUUGAUCGUGAAAAAUUACGGCACGCUAUUGCUGGUACAACGUUGAAGAGCACUAAUUCUUCCGGUUCAGCCAGUGAUAGCCAUUCGAGUAGCAAUAAUUCGACUGGCAAUAGUAAUAAUUUUUCAACUUCUACCUUCCCCCGGCUGGACUCGCCAAGUCGAACCUCACGCUAUGCCCCAGGCAAUAGCAGUCCACGUAUUGUACCGCCAACACCAAAAUCUGCAAUGUUGGAGGAGCGAACACGAGAGCUCUAUAAUUUGCGAGCACAACUUGAGACAGAGAGGUACGAGAAGGGCCUGCUGGAGGUUCAAAUAAAACAAAACGAGGAGAAGAUGAAAAAAUUAAAUCAAGAUCAUAAGAAACUACAACAAACUAUCCAAGACCUGAAAAAUGAUAUACUCACUCAAACAGCGGAAAGUAGUUCUCCGAAAUGUAAAGACGGUGAACAGAUAAAGCGUAGAUUAUGCAAAGAAGUAGCACAAAAAGAGGCAGAGGUUGCAAAGCUCAACGACUUGUUGGGAAAUUUGCGUGAGGAGAAAAAUCUGGUACAAGAAAAGCUUCAUUGUGCGGAUAAACGAAUAAGGAUUUUCAGCGACCGUAUAAAGGAGCUGGAGUUUAGAGUUGAUGAGCUUACCGCUGAAUUAGAGCGAAAAGAGCACAUGAUUCAAUGCCUAACUGAAAGUAAAUUGGAGUUGGAACAAUUUAUAAACGAAACGCGUUCAGCAGGAAAUAAUUCCCGACCUGAUUAUUUUGAUAAUUCUUUUUCCCCAUUAACUGAUAACAGUGCGAGUUCAAGCAGUCCAGAAAAUCUUGCUCGCUCAGUUGUCGAUGUACAACUGCGCGAGAAGGAACAUGAAAAUACCGAAUUACGCGAAGAGCUACACACUUUAAGAAACAAUAAUAAACGUUUGGCUGAGUUAAUACGAAAAUUUACAAUAAAACACGCACAUGAGUUUAACAUUGUUACAAGGAUCGGUCUAAAUGCGACAAAAGAGGAUGAAAAUAGAGAAGUUACGCCAGGCGAAUGUUUAGAUCAUUUGGUCGACUAUGUCGAUCAAUUGGGCUCAUAUUACAAGGAUGAAAGAUGUAGGGUAAAAACUUUACAAUCCGAGCUACAGUCUAAGCAAAGGCGUAAUGAUGAGCUCAGUCGGGGCUUAAUGGAUUUCGAAAAAGAGGUGACGGCGCUUAAAGAACAAUUAGAGGGUGUGGAUAAUUUGAAUAUCGAAUUGGAACAAGACAAAAAACGCAUGCAAGAUAAGAUAAUGCGUUGUGAACAAGAGCUUGUAAAGAUUAACGCGCAGAAAUUCGAAUUAGUCGGUAAGCUUGAGAGUCUUGCCAAUGAUUAUGAUUUAUAUAAGCAGAAAUGUGUCGCACAGCGCCACGAACAUACUACACAAAUCAAAAAUUUGGAAAAUGAAAUUUCGGGCCAUGAGAAAGUCAAUACAGCACUUCGGAAAGGAAAUGAGGACUUGAAUGAAGAAGUAGCAAGUUUGCGAAAAAAGAUCGAAACAUUACAGCAGGAUCUGCACAAGAGCACGGAUGAGAUCAAGACAUUGAAUGAACGUGUGGAAAAGUAUCAAAAUGAGUUGGAUGCGCAUGAUAAAACUGAAAAAAUGCUGAAGGAAAAAUAUGAAAAGAUACUCGUACAAUAUGAGACCACCAAGCGUGACCGACGGGAGACAGCCGAUCAUUUGGAGGCGAUGAGGAAUAAAAUCGCCGUAAAAGAAUUCGAAAUGGGUAAACUUGGCGUUGAGAUAAUUGAAGUGCGUAAGAAGAAUGCGGAAUUAGAAUCGCGCAUCGACACCGUUAUGACGGAGUUCAAAACAGAAAAGCAUAACUAUGAAUUGGCAAUAAAUACACGUGAUGAACGCAUACGCAAAAUUACCGAAGAACGUAAAGCAUUGGAGGAGAGUAUCAGUAAGCUGAAAAAUGAAAAUGAGCUAUUGCAAAAAGAUUUGAACGAAACGAAAGAUGAGCUUAAUGCUGCGCUUAAUACCUUCAAUGCGCUAAAUAUGCUAUUAUGUGGUGCGGUAUCAGAUGACUCAAAGAACUUGGCAACCAAACUUGGAGAUGUCUUAGCCAAUAAUAAACAGUUACAGGAAGAUAAACUGGAGCUCAAUAAUAAAUUAGAGCUAAUGACCUUCAACCGUAAUGAAACGGUUACAAAAAUGGAAGUUGUAGAAGAAGAAAUUAAAAAUCUGCUCAAAGCCAAAGAAGAACUAGAAGCCAGUUCUAAAACACUACUUGAAGAGAGUGAAAAGAAAUUGAAAACCGCUGAGGAUAAAAUAAAAACAUACGAAGAAGAUAUAUUUGGCUUGAAAGAAGCAAUCAAGCAAGUCACGGACGAGAUGCAGAAUGCUUUACAAGUCAACAAGGAAGAUAAUGCCGUGCGGAUAAUGGAACUUGGCGUUGAGCAUGAUCGAAUUGUAAGCGCGCUCAAGGAAGAACUUGCCGCAACGAAAGAGGAUUUAAAUCUGAAAGAGAAUAGCCUGAAAAUGCUCACAGAAGAGAGCACCGAAGUGAAGAAGAAGCUUGAAGAAAGCAUACAACGUUUGGAAAAAGUGAAAAACGAAGAGCUACAGAUUAGCAAAAACAGCGCAGAGAAACUUAAAUCUCUGGAAAAUGAAAUGAUAAAGGUUGUGAACGAAAAUAAAGACCUACUACUGGAAAUUGACACCUUCAAAGCGGAACACGCCAAAGUAAAUAAGAAAAUCGAAGAAGCUGACAGCGCUUUAAAUCAACUUAAUGGACAGCUAUUAGAAGAAGUCAAUUCUAAAUGUGAAUUAAGUGAGAAACUGCAGGCAAGUGAAUCACGUUUAUUUGAAACCGAACAAAAGCUCGAGAGUAUACUCCAAGAGAAAUCACAUACGAUUGGUGGUCUGAAAACUGCAUACGAAAGCCAAACAACAGUACUGAAACGCGCCGAAAGUCAAGUGAAUGCAUUGGAAAAGGCGAAGCUAAAACAAUCGCAGCAAAUUGCCACACUGCAACAGAAUUUACAGAAAGCCGUUGAAGAAAAGGAUCGUUUAAGCAAAGAUGUGGCUUCCUACACCUCACAAUUACAGCGCGAGCAAGAAGAGAAGUCAGCUUUAUUAACUUCUCUGGAGCAAACGGCCAAUCAAUUGAAGUUGGCAAUCUGUGAAAAGGAUCAAAACGCGAAGGUAUUGGAAAAAAGCUAUGCUGAACUCAACACACAAAUCAGAGAUGCCAAUGAGCUGUGUGCCAAAUUGCAAACUGAUAUCUCAGCACGGGAUGCACAACUACAACGGCUGCAAGAAGAGCAGGAGCAUGAGCGUGACAAUUGGCAGACAAAACUAUCCGAGAUGACGCGCAUGUUGGCCGAGCAAUCGAUAGAACUAGAAAAUAAUGACAUCGCUUUGCAGCAGAUCAUCAAAGAGAUUGAGAAUCACUGCAAUCUGACUGUUGAAACCGAGAAAUCGGUAAUCGAUGAUAUUAUCAAGACGUCCGAUAAUGAAGAGGACACACAUUUGGGUAAAUUAAAACACAUACUCAACCGGCUGUUGCAUAAUAUCGCAAAAAUGCAUACACAACUCGACCAAAUCGAACAAAAACGCCAAGGCGCUGUUGAAGUGUUGGAAAAGGCCAACGAUAAGCUGAAUAAUCAACUUCUUGCACGUAAUGCCGAAAUCACCGAACUGCAACAACAACUCAUCGGUGAACGUAAGCAAAAUGCAGUCACAGAGCAUUUGAAGAAGGCGCUAAGCGAUCUCAAAUGCUCCAAUGAAGAGCUGAAAGCGCAAGUUUUGCAGCUAGAACAUGAUUGCAGCGCUGUCGGAGAGCAAUAUCAGAUUGCCACCACGGCAUUGGAACGUUUGGAGCAAGAAAAACAAGAGCUUAAAAUCGAACUGCAACGCGCCAAUGAGAAUGUGUCACGUUUAAUACAAGGCAGUGAUGCGCUACGGCUGGAGAAAGAUGCGCUCAUUGAACAAUUGCAAGAGUUGCGUCAACAGCUCACACAAACCAGUGCACAACAUAGUUCCACGGAGUCGAUGGUAAAGAAUAUCUUGCAAAAUUCUAAAACAUUGGAACAUAAACUGGAUUCCACAGAGAAUGAGUUGAGAUUGCUACGCGCGCAGCUGCAAACACUUGAGAGCAAGAAAGAGGAACUACUUGCGGAUAACUUCAAAUUGCGUGAAACGCAGGAAGCGAGUCAGAAGCGCAUUGAAAAAAUGGCCGUAAAGUUGGGUGACACACAGGCGCGUUGCUCUAAGAGUGAGCAUGAAAAUGAGAAGCUCAACGAAACGUUAAAAACGUCCAAGGUCAGCUUGGAAAGAUUGCAACGUGAAAAGAGUACGCUGGAGAAAGACCAGCAGGCCUUGCAAGAACGUUUAACCACCACCGAACACAAUCAACAACAACUGCUGAGUAAAGUACAUCAAUUGGAGCAGAUGAAGCUCAAAUACGAGGCUGAGAAAAAGCAGUUAGAAGCCUCUGAGGCAGAUGCUAAAACCAAAUUGACAAAACUCGAGAAAAUACGUCAAACGAAUGAGGAGAAAAUACGAAAGUUGAACUAUUCCUUAGAGACGACCGAAGCGAGCAAUGUGCGUUUGAAUCACGAAAUCGGUGCAAUCAAUUCGGAGCUCAACAAAUUGCGCAAUUCCAUUACCGCCGACAACAUACACACAGCCGAACGCUUGGAGGCAGCCAUACAAGAACGUGACAAAGCGCUGGCUCGUGCCGCCGAAUACGAAGCGCUUGCACAUAAGCUACAAGCCGAUGCUGAUAAUUUGCAAGAGCAGAAUUCAAAUAUAAACGAUCAAUUGUCCAAAAUUAGACUCUCGCUACAGAUAACACAGGAGAAAUGUGAGAAAAUGUCACAGCAAAUGCGCGAUCUGGAGAUUGAUAUGUGUGCGCUGAAGGAGGAGAAAGCGCAAAUUGAGAAUGAGCAUUUGAAUACGUGUGCCAAGUUGAAGGAGUAUGAAAUACAAAAUGAUAAUAUGCGUGCGGAGCGGGAAGAGAAAGUCGUCAUACUCGAAGCGCAGCUGGAACAAAUCCGUAAAGAGUUAUGCACCAAAACGGAGGAGAUUGCUGUGCUUCAAGCUGAACGCGACACUUUACGUAACGGCAAUAAGGUGGAAGAUGAAGAGCUCGAACAAUUGCGUAAGCGUUUGACCAUAGCGGAAACGAUGGUGGAGUCGGAACAGAAGUCCAAUGCGCAAUUGCGUUUGGAUAAUCAAAUUUUACAAGCCAAAUAUCGUGAAUCCAAACAACGUCUGCAGGAACAAGCUGAAGAGAGUGAGAAGCGCGUCAAGGAGAAUCGUUUAGAGAUGGAGGGUAAAUUGGAGAAAAUGAAGAACAAAAUGAAAGCGCUCUAUAACGAUGAAGUAACGAAAAUGAAAGGCAAACAAGAUCGUGAAGUCAGCACACUGCGCAAUGAAAUUGAAAUGUUUAAAGCACAGAAUAACAAAUACGAGGAGCAUAUACGAAAACUCUCCAAUCAAAUAGUGCGUCUUAACGAUCAAUCAUUGAAAUAUCAAAAGGAAAUUGCUCUAUUGUCGACAAAAGUUAAGCAAUUAGAAGAUGACGAUAAUGCUCACUUCAAACGUCCCAAUUUCGGUACAAAUUCACUGCCCAGAUCAUUGACAGCGUUGACAUCGAAUGCAGGUUUAAGUUCGAAUUUGGCUAUGGAGGAUGAGGAGGGUGAAGUUUUCAAUAAUACCUAUCUGACCGAUUUGCAAACGGGACGCAUGUCGAUGUGUCGUGAGGUUUGCGCCGAGGAAUUGCAAUAUCGAAAUUCUUUAGUACCGCCACAUUUGAAAAGCACCUAUGCCGCCCAAUACGAUCACUGUUUAGCCGAUGACGAUAUGAAAGAUGGCGGCCCUCACAGUUUGGAUGACAGCAUGAGCGCAUUACUCAGCACAACAGGUGGCGGUGUUGGUGGUGCACGCAAAAAACUCACUGGCAUUACCAAUUACAAGCGUCCGGGUCCGCCAACACCGAGCAAGCAUGGCGGUCGUCUGUCGUUGGGUGGCUGCUCGGAACCGCCACGUGAAAUACUCAAAGAAGUGAAUGAUCAUGGCGGCAGCUCUGCGAAGACACCGGUGCGAUUUGGCUUUUUCUCAUCGAGAUUUAGCAUGGGCAAUAGCAAUCCAAAGGAUGAGACUUCCAAAAUUCCCGUCAAUCUUCUAAAAGCUGUUCAAAAGAAGAACCUUCAAGCGAUGUGCACGAAAAGUUCUGACAACAUCUGCACCUCCACGCCGCGCAAAAGCAGAUCUCAUUUUGAUCGUCGUAGUCUACUAAAUGAAUUCAUGACGCUAUCCACCACAUCGAUGUUUUCGCUGACAGUCGAAAAGUGUCCGACAACACACGCGGCGUGCGAAAAACAGCCCACAGCGCCCACACUCUCGUUGGCCGAUGUGUCGGCGAUCAACCGAUUGCCGUUGUCACAAUCGCAUUUGAAAAUGUUGGAGCAGCAACGCGUAUCGCGCAAGAGACGCAGCUCGUUGUUGCGUCUACAAAUCAAUCGUCGUCUCAAACACUUGCCAGUGACUAGUAGUCCACGUUCAACGGAAACACCCUCCACGGGCACGCCAAAUACGCCGGCGUGUGAAAGAAAGAAACCACUGCUGCCACUAAUGGAAUCCGACGAUCAGCGCGGCCGCAUUGCCGUCACCAACGGCAGCGACGGCACAACGACCACGACAGCGACUUCGGCGACGGCCACCACUACGACUGCUAGCUCUGGCGAUGCGCUGGGGCGUGGCAGUAGUAUCGGUGGACGUCAUCGUCGUCAUCGCCACAGCCGACGUGAUCGGGGGCCGCGGCUCUCAUUGUACGCCAGUGGUGGCAGUGGUUUUCGAACGCCAAAUCGCAACAAAUUGCGCGAACAGAUGCGUAAGAAGGCGCACAAACAGCGCCGCGACAAUUACAAUCGUGGACGCGCAUUACAAGUCGACAAGCGUUCGCAAGGUGGCGGCCAGACUAACGAUAGUUUGCGUGAAAGUGAAGAUAACAAUGACAACAACAACAACAGUCAUACCAUACGCCUGAAUGCCACAAUCGUUUUGUCGAAGAAAUGCGAACACCCAGAAGAGUAUGACAUACCGGAGUACACAUCGAAUUAUUUCACCGAUCUAGUCGCCAGCACGACGGCACCGAUCGAAGAGAACAGCGCUGAGUGCAUUGUAGAAGAUCACGGCUACGACACACACGCCACACAAAUAGCAUUAGUUGAGAAAACAAAAUGUAAUCUAAAGGAAAAUGUAGAGAAGAGCAGCGGUACUGAGACAUCCAGCAAUAGUGCAAAUGGGGAAUGUGACGCCAAUGGCAAUGCAAGUGACUCGUGUAGCGAUGAAAGCAAUACAUCAAACUCAAAUUCUUCGCUACCCGUUGAACGCAGCCUCAAAGAUGAGCCGGUCGAUACGCCAGUAACUGCAGAUGAGCUCCAAAGAUUCGAUGCUCGGCACAAACGCUUCGAACAGUUGGCGGCUGAGACCUCCUCUGCAGCGCCCUUCGCUGUAACUAACUUUGAAUUCGAUGAUGUUGUAGCCAUAACACCGUUGAAGAGGCACUCGGAUUGCAAACGGCAUUCAAUCACUUACACGCUGCUGCCCAAAUGUGCCACAAAAGUCACGCUGACGUCGAAUUUGGAAUUCCACACACCGCACGUAAGAGCGCUCAAGGCACUCGGCGAUAAAGAUGGCUGCGAUGUACAGAUUACGUUGGCGGAUGUGGUUCGUCUGUGGUCCAGCAUUUGGGCGCGCUUGGAUCAACAGCUGCAGUUGACUAUCAGCAUAGCGGUUUUUGCGCCCAUCAUAGCGAUGAUCUACUUGGUCUUCUCACUAUAUGUGUAAUUAGGUUUACUAAAUUUUGGAAAUCUCUUUUUCCUACUCGUCUGAAGCACCGUAAAUGGAGUCUUGAAGAUUUAUUUGUCUACUUCAAUGGAAAAAAAGAUUAUUUUUCAUGCAUUUUUUUGUUUGUUUUUGUUGUAUCAAUACUCGAUUGUGUUUCUAUGUCAACCGCUAUUCAUAAACCGUUUGUGCGAUACAACAGCAGCAACGUUUUGAAUUUAAGCUGCCUUUGAGAUGUGAAACUUUCAUGGGAACAUUUGAAAGUUUUCCGAAAAAAAUACAACACAAAAAAAAUCGAUCAAAAUAUUAAUGUCUUCUAAAUUAAUGUUGCCCGUAAAAAAUAUUUAUUUGGCACAAUUUCAUUGUGACUUAUUUAUUUAAAAAAAAAAAAAAUGAAAUAUUUUUUGUUCCAUUUAUUAUGUCCUUAUCUCGUCCAGAUAGCAUUGAUUUGCUCUGUGGAGAGCGAAAUACCAUGCAACAACCCGCAUUUCUUUUUUUUUUUUUUUUUUUUGAUACUGAUAACUGUUUGAUCAGAAAUUUACAAUUUGCUUAGAGCAAAAUCGCUAUGUAUUUCUAAAAUGAUUGAUGAUCGUGCUCAAUAAAAUUCGAAAGUAAAAUUAAA